AUGGGGCUUCUCACACUCCUCUUCGCGUGCUUCGUCGCGCGGGGCGAGGCGCUCGCGAAGGGCGGCGGUUUCGGCGCGCCCAAGGCGAAGAAGAAGAAGGCCGUCGUCGUCGCGCCCGAGCCGCCCAAGUACGCGGCGCUGCGCGAGUGGGCGACGAACCAGGGCGCGGAGCUCUCGGGCCUCGUCGCGAGCGAGUGCCGCGCGGGCCUGGGCGCGGACCUCGUCGCGACCAAGGCCUUCAAGAAGGACGCGGUCGUCGCGCGCGUGCCUUCCGAACUCGCGCUCGCGCUGAGCGACCCGAACGCGGGCGAGGCGGACCUCGCCGAGUGCGGCGCGAACUUCUACAAGUUCGGCUACCUCGAGGAUAAAUUCUUCGCGCCCUACGUCGCGACGCUGCCCGCGCCGUCGGAGAUCACGGCGACGCCGGACCACUGGGACGCGAGCGACGUGGAGAGCACCGAGUGGCCGCCGCUCGUGGAAGAGGUCGCGCGGCGGCGGGCGCGGGUCGCGGCCGUCGCGGCGGAAACGGGCACGCCGGAGGAGCUCGUGCGCUACGGCGCGUUCCUCGCGAGCUCGCGGGCCCACGAGCUCCGGCUCGACGACGUCGGCGGCGACGCCGGCGCCGUCCAUCCGUCCGCCGAGGGCGCCGCGAAGCCGACGAAGGCGCUCCGCGUGCUCGUGCCCUUCCUCGACACGGCGAACUGGGGCGCGAGCCCGAACGUCCGCCUCGAGGUGCUCGACGCGGCGCGCGACGACGCGACCUUCGCGCUGAUCGCUUUGAAGCCCAUCGCUCCGGACGACGCGCUCGUGGCGUCCUACGGCGCGCGCGCGACGCCGGACCUGCUCUUGGACUUCGGCUUCGUGCCGAACGCGCGCCUCGACGGCUCCGCGUCCGUCGACGGGCGCCUCGUCGCCCAGGGCGCCGCGACGUUCGCCGACGCCUCGACGGCCGCCGACCGCGCGACGCUCGACGACGCCGGCGCGUCCCAACCGGCCAAGCUCGCGUCGAAGCUCCGCAUCGCGCUCAAGUCCGCGAAGAUCAACAAGAAGCACGAGGCUUUGUUCAAGGCCGUCCACGCGAAGAACGCGGGCGUCGCCGCGCCGUCGCGGCCCGACCCGAACGCGCAGCUCCCGCCGGGCACGGAGCGCCGCCGCGUCGCCGCGGGCGCCAAGGGCGGCGGCGGCGGCGCGGCGGGCGCCAAGACGGGGGCGUCUCGAGAAUGCGACUACAAGCGGGCCCUCGACGCGCACCUCGGCCGCGCGCCGGUCGCGCCGGAGCGCCGGUCGACGCGAGUCGACUCGUCGGGCGUGCUCGCCACGGACGUCGCGACGGCCAAGACGAAGGCCGUGUUCGCCAACGAGCAGAACGUGGGCCCCGGCGUCGUCGCGACGACGGGCAGCACCAUCUCGCCGGGCAAGGCCGCGCGCGACGCGCGCAAGCAGCGGCCGCCCAUCGACAUUUCCGACGAGGGCGCCGUGGACGCGGCCCUGAUCGAGUCGCUCUUGUUCCUCGUGGCGCAGCGCCUGCCCGGCGACGAGGCCCUGAUCCCCAGUAGCGUCGUCGCCAAGUACGUCGACGAGAAGUACUGGCUCAAGUCCAAGGUCGUCGACGACAAGUUCUACUGCUCCAUGAGCAUGCUCAUGUCUCGAGCCUUCGCGCUCAAAGUGGCGUACACCGCCAAGAGCGACAUCGACCAGUCCAAGGACAUCCUCCGCUUCCUCGACAUCAAGAACCAGAUCGCGAGCAGCGGCAUGCGCAAGGAGGUCCAGGAGAAGAAGAUGACCGAGGUCGCCGCCUGCGCGUCGACGGUCACGGCGGCGACGGCGUCGGGCCGCUUCGAGGCGUUCUGCCUGCUCAUGAACAAGAUCUGCGGGACCAACAUGACGAAGACGGAGAUCGGCUGCUGGGUCCAGGACGUCGGCGAGCAGGAGCUCCGCGCGACGACGGUCGGCGACGUCGGCCGCAGCGUCCUCGCCUGGCGGCGCGUCCCGCCCUUCCUCUCGACGGCGACGUCGACUUCGAGCUCAAGACCCGCACCUUUCACGCGGAGAAAGCCCGGGAGUCGAUGGACGUCGUCCACGGCAAAGCGCGGCUCGUCGCGGCGAACCAGUCGGCCUGCGCCAUCUGCAUCGGCUUCGACGGCGGGCCCGCGGGCGCGCGGGACGCCGUCGACGGCAAGGUCCAGCCCUUGUCGUUGAGCAACCUCGCCGAGACGCUCAAGGAGAUCCACGAGGUGCACAAGUUGAUGGCCGCGUCGGCGCGGCCGGACGAGGUCUUCUUCGACUUCCUCGGUCGGAGCACGUGGCUCAAACGAGUGCGAGGCUACCUCGUCGCGGUCAGCGACGUGGACUCUGUGAAGACGGAGCAGAAGCGCUUCGACUUCUCUAAGCCGCGCAACCAGAUCCAGACGGACCUCCGCGCCGCGUUGCGGUACUGCCUCGACCGCCGCCAGGCGUGGCUCGACGCGCCGGUCACGUCCACGGAGCUCGCGAAGACGGGCCCGCGCGUGCGGCCCAAGAACUACUUCGACCUCGCGAUCUCGCCGGGCGUCGCGGACGACGCGCGCCUGCCGGCGGCGUC